GAGAAUCCACAAAAGAAGGAAGGUAACCGAGAAUUGGACUCAGAGACAGAGAGUUUUUGAAUAAAAACAGAGUAUUUUGAUAAAACCCAAAAUUUUCAAAAAUUGGUUCAAAAAGAAGAUGGGUGAAGUGUUUGUUUAUGUGGAUGAUUUUCAAUUUCAAACUUCCUACGAUGUUUCACGCUGUAGGAUUUGCCACGAAGAAGAAUUCGAAAGCCCUCUUCAACUCGAAGCCCCCUGUUCUUGUUCAGGUACCAUUAAGUUCGCUCACAGAGAUUGUAUUCAGAGAUGGUGCAGCGAAAAAGGCAGCACAGUUUGUGAAAUUUGUCUCCAGAAUUACGAACCAGGAUAUACUGCACCUUCUAAGAAGCCUCAACACGCCGAUCCAGGUGUCACCAUAAGGAAUAGUGUGGAAAUCCCGAGAAGCGAGGACGAAGAGACGGCAGAGCCACCCGAUGACGGCGGCGCGUUGGACACUGCCUGCUCCACCACCGCUGACCGCGGUGCCUCCUGCUGUAAAUCCGUCGCUCUUACCUUUACUUUAGUGUUGUUGGUGAGACACUUCUAUGAUGUGGUUGCUGUUGGCACUGCAGAGUAUCCAUUUACAGUUGCCACGGUGCUUUUUUUAAGAGCCAGUGGAAUUAUUUUUCCCAUGUAUGUGAUAAUUCGAAUGAUCACCACUAUUCAAAAUAGUGUUUAUCGAAAUCGGUAUCAGUAUCAGAAUCACGAGGAUUCUGAUGAUGGUGAAGAUAUUUCAAGCUUUGAAGAUGAUGAUAGAAGACUUCAUCAUAUUGUCUAAGCUUUAUACAGACACUCAUUAUUUGUUACAUUUUUUUUAAAAGAAAAUUUAUUUGAACUAACUCAACACAUCAUAUAUUCUUCCUUUUGUCAAUAAUUUUUCUCCUAAUUCAAUGUAAUGAUUUUUUUUUCAAUCUGUGUAAAAACAUAGUCCAAUCAGAUUGUAAUAUUCAAGGGAAAAUUUUCAAUUUUUUAAUUUAUGCUUAAACGAGUGUCAAA